AAACGCGCGAAUUCCUCAAAUCCGCGUAUAUGUGGCGCCGCGCAGGCGCAUACCAAAUUCGAUGUGUGUAAUUGUUGUUCAAUAAAAUUAAUAAUUACUAAACUGUGUAUUCAAGAAGAAGAAAAAGAAAAACAUCACGAAAAUAUACAAGCAAAAAUGCAAUAAUUGUGGAUUAUUAAAGUUUUCAACAAAUGCAGUGCAAUAAAUUGACGUGAAAGAAUGCUGCUCAAUAAAAUGCAACGCAAACCAUCUAGCGAAACACUCGCCAGUCUAGCGUUUGACAGCACGCUAGACUCACGCAUGUCCAGUGCGGAAAUACCGCAAAUGGAACUGCUCCCGGUGAACUAUGUGCAUCAGUGCAAGGAAGUACGCAUGCCGCGGCCGACUACAACAACGCAGCAGCACAGGCAGUCCUUCAUGGCAGUUGGCAUGAAAUAUACAGGCUACAAGCAAACUGUAACGGCAAGCAGCCACAGUCAGCUUGCUGGUGCCAAAUUGAGCGCAGCCAAUGCAAAUAAAGUGCAAGCUGGCGCGGCCGCUGCCAAUUCACAACGCCCCAUAGCAUCUAAAGGCAAGACGCAACGCGCACAGCAGCCACUACCGCCACCCACAAUUGAAUCGUGGAAAUUUCUGCAACAUCAAAUGCCACAAAUGAAGCCGCAACAGCAGCCAGCGUCCGCUGCCGCAACGCAGAAAUAUCGAGCACCGCUCGCGCGCGCACAAUCCGCCUCGGCCAUUGCCACUGCUAGUGCUGCUACUGCUACCGCUAAUGGCGCGGACUCCGAUGAUCAAGAUUAUGCAGAAGUUCAAUCGUGCUGCAACUCCUCCUGUAAUUCUGCUACACAAUCGUCUGCCUCAUCGGAUGACGAUGAUGAUGCGUCCACUGUCCAUUAUCCAGAUUGUGAGAAGUCUCACAGUUGGAAUUAUCGUGCACGCAUCUCAACUUGCGAUGUACGACGCGAUAUGGCGCGUGCAGGUGUUAAAUCCCGCGCCGAUCGCAUAGCGCGCAUUGAGCAAACUGAUUGUGAUCAUCAGUUACAGCAUAAUGCAGCAAGUAGCGUGACUGCCGAUAGUAAACGUGCAUCACUACCCGCAAUGUUAGCAGGUGAUGAUGCGCGUAAGCCAGAGGUGGUUUCGCAAAUUAAUCGAUUAUUCGAGCACGCCAAGCGCCCCGAGCAGAGGCGCUCCACAAAACAACAUCGCGCGCCAGCACCGCCCGCGGCAACACAAAGCGUCGCUUCUGUACUAAUGCAGCCGCCUGCACAACCACUACGCCCUGCAUCUACACCGAUAAAAAAAGAGCCUAACAUGCGAAUGCACUUGCGCGAAAUGCUGCCCUGCAUUGAAGAGCGCUCGAAACGCUGUAGUAAUUCAAGCGCGCCUGGUGAUUGUUCUGAUUGUGUACGGGAAAGCAAUACCAAUUCGAGCGAAGUUCAAAACUCACGCUGUACUAUUGAUGAGGUGCGCAUAUCGCGUGGAUCACCUGAGCAACGACAGCAAGUAUCGCGCAUACCAAAGCCUGUCUGCGAGGCACAGCAACAACAGCGGCACUCGACCAACUCGGCGCAGUCUUAUAACGAAGGAAAUGAGCAAUUGCAGAGGCGAAUACGUCAAAUGUUCGACCAUGAAGAGGAGCGGAAACAGCAGCUUCACCGACAGGUAACUGCGGAGUUUCGUACGCACUGCGAAGGUGCGAAAAUCAAGCUGCGCGCUACCAAAUCGACAGCUUUCGAGAAGUCGGAUAAGCCUAAGUGUAACAGUGAAACAAAACCGGACAGCUGUGAUGAGUUGGAUCAGCGCCUGCUGAAGCAAACGCGCCAGCCUGCGUCUGCUAGUUUUCAGAAGCAUAAAAUGGAGCGAAUACAUAUACGUAAGAAGCGACAACCGCUCCUCAUAAUUAAUCAACUCAAUGAAUCGAAGCCCGCAAACAAUAAUAAGGUGACGGAGGAAAAAGAAUCACUAAAUGAGAAUAAAUGCAACGCCGCUCAUAAGCUGGGUAAAGAAUCUACGCAUAAAUCGGCGCUGGACGCCAAUCGACGUACCUGUGGCUACAAGAAUUGCAAAUACGCUAACUGUCCUAUGUCGGCGGCGAGUAAUGCAGGCAGCAGUAGCGCCAGCACACCGCAACAGUCUGAUGAGGAAAUGAAGGCGCGCAAGCGUCUAUCACUCGAGAGCUGUUGCUCGGACUCAGGUGUCUCGUCCUCCACAGAUCUCAAGGAGCGCCAUACUAAGGAAAAUAAUAUGAAAAAUCUCGAGAAGUGUGCGGACUGUGUGAAAAUUCUGCUCAACCAAGCAAGCGUGAAGCCAACCGUAAUGCAACAAAGUUUUAAGCUAUCCGCGAAUGCUGCGGCACCCAAGCUAAAGGAGUUGGAUAUUGAUGUGGUUAAAGAGGGACAAAUUAAAAUUCACGUUGGGAAAGCGUCAGGUGGCGAUCCAAACGAUGUGCAAAAUUUUGCUAAAAAAAGUCUCACUAAGGCCACAACAGAUGAAUUACUGACGGCGGCUGCGGCAAAAAACAACACAAGCAAUAAAUUAGGUGCAGUUGAUAAGUUGUCUAACCGGACGGGCGCCGCCAGCGCCUGCAAUGCUGCCAACCAAACCAAACAGUGCAAUAUCGAAAAUGACCUCAAAAAUAACGAACAACGCAUUUACAAUAACACAAAUAGCAACAACAGCUACAAAAGGAAAAAUUGCAGCAACGAACACAAACCGUUAUGCGCUACCACAAUAAAAAUCGAUGAUGAUUGGGUACAAGAGCAAAACGGCUGCGAUACCGACUCGCUGAUGGUGCCUCCACCGCCCCCGCUGCGUAUCUCAUCCAAGUUCGCAAAUGCGCGCCAAUAUUUCCACAACAAUAAUAAUAACAGCAGUAAACACAGUCAUAGCCCUGGCGGCGACGGCGACAAGCACAGUGUGAAGAUUUUUGUGCGCAGCUCAACAUCCAGCGGUGGGGUGGAUGGAAAUACGACGCGUGCUUCAUCAAUUUCCAUGUGCUCUCACACUUCGCAAACUUCUGGUUGUUCAACAAACUCAGACGCCUCCGCACUAACAAACGCCAGCAAAACAUCAACAUCCGGUAGCUCCUACACGACCAUAUCAAGUAGCGCUUCGAGUAGCGGGUGCAAAUGCAAUUGUCGGCGAGGCAGGCAGGACAGUACAGUACCGCACAAAGAAGACCACGAAAACGACGGCGGAUCAGUGGGCACGAAGAACUGCUGUAGCUUGGACCGCAUGACGAAAGCGGGAGUUUUCUACAAUUGUGCCGCAGGCGCGGGAAGGUGUAGUCAACGCACUAUAACCGAUACCCUACGCGCAUGUGCCUCUUCACCGACCCCUUCAGCGGAUAACUUCAGUGAGAUCAGCUGCAUCGCAUGUGGUGAAGAGGCGGAAAGUGAGCGUGACCAAAAGACGAGCAGUUACCAAGAAAGUGCUAGCAACAGUCCCGAUGUAAGUGGUCCAGUUAAUGGCGUAUUUUGGAAUAACUCGUACUUCCAACAAGAUACUGAACUGUCGAAAGAGAGCGUUGGCAAAGUGCAACACAAAAAGGGAAACAUACUAUCAGCUCCAAACAAAGCUGAUCAUUCCGAACCGAACAGCGACGACAACGAACAAUGUUGCUGCAGCUUAACUAGCUGCGAUGAUGAUAAUUGCUCAUAUUAUGAAUGUGGUGGCAGCGCUGGUGAACCGCAGACGGACGAUGAUCACUGCGUCUCGCGCAUUGAAGUGCAUGCAAGCGUGCAUACGCCAAGUAACUGUGAUGGUAGCAACAGUUGUUAUGGCAACGAUGAAGGGAGCAACAGUGGCAGCAGCUAUAAACUGGCCGGUAACGGUAAAAGUGGCGAUUGCCUGCGCGCUUGCGAAUGUGACAAACCGCUUUGCUGUACUGCAAACACAAACUCAAACGACAAAUGCACGAUCGAAGCGGAACGUCAGCGUGUACGAGAACGUGAACGUUGCGCCGUGCGCCAACAGCAGCAGCAAGAACAGCAAUGGUUGCGACAACGCAUGCGCGAACGAGAGCGGCAAAUGCAGUUCAUAAGAAACAGUAGCGCCGAGGAGGUCUUGAUACGUAAUAAACAUUUAUUGAGAAAGGCUGAUCUUAUACAUGAAUUGCGACCCAGAUCCAUGGAUGGUGUCAUUGACUCAUCAUCUGGGUCAUUAAAUGGUGACACGACCAGCUCAAGUCCAGAUAGUGGAAGUCAUCUACAAAAUCAGCAGGAUGCCGAGGCGCGACGUAUACAUCGAGGGCACAUACUCACCGAACUACUGGAGACAGAACGGAUUUACGUAAAUGAAAUGGCCUCUAUUUUAAAGGGCUAUCGUGAUCAAAUGCUAUCUGAAGAAAUGAUGCAUCUUGUACCCGCCAGCCUGCAGGGCAAAGAGGACAUUUUGUUCGGCAACUUACAUGAAUUGUAUACAUUUCACAACGAGAUCUUUUUGAAGGAUCUAGAAAACUGUAUAUCUACAACGGAGCUGGUGGCGCUGUGUUUCGUGCAAAGGCGCGACACUUUCUAUCGUUUGUACUCCUUCUACUGCCAAAACAUACCACGCUCCGAUAGGCUGCGUGAAACGCUCGUUGACACACAUCUCUUCCUGCAAGAAUGUCAAAAGCGUUUGGGUCACAAACUGCCAUUGGGCGCAUAUCUGCUGAAGCCAGUACAGCGUAUUACCAAGUACAAAUUACUGCUCGAAAACCUACUGGGCUCCAGCGAUAGUGGCAGCUGUACCAAAGAAUUACAAAAAGCUUUAGAUUGCAUGCUAAUCGUUUUGCGUUGUGUGAACGAUUCAAUGCAUCAGGUGGCUAUAACGGGAUUUCCGAGCAACCUUUCGCAACAGGGCGAACUGCUGCUACAGGAUCCCUUCCAAGUGUGGACAGAGUCCAAGAAAGAUUUACGAUUACGCAAAAAACCACAACAGCGACAUAUAUUUCUCUACCAAAAAUCGAUGAUAUUCUGUAAAAAGACUUCGAAACCAGGUCACAACAAAAGCACUUAUCAGUUUAAGCAUCAACUUAAGAUGUCACAAAUUGGUCUAACUGAGUCGGUGCGCGGCGAUUUGACACGUUUCGAAGUCUGGCUACAGGGACGCCAAGAAGUGCACACAUUGCAGGCGCUCACCGAUGAGGUAAAGAAUAAAUGGGUGACGGAAAUCAAGCGUCUGUUACUCAAUCAAUUGGAAGAAUUGAAGGGUGAAAAGAUAAAACAGUAUGGCAUGAAUCACCACGGCUUGCGACAGACCACCUCAUGGGAUACGCCCAAUAUUUUGUUGGGUAUGCCACAACGCGCUGUAAGCUGUGAUGCAUCAUCCGAAUCAUCGAAUCGCAAUUCGAACUGCAGUAGCAGCGGUGAUGAUGCCUACCCUCACGGCAUGCCGCCAUUGUCCGCAGUGACAGGCAAUGGCCACGCCCAUGGACAUGGUAAUGGUGCUGGUGCGGAUAAGGAGCAGCAAGAGGCAUGCGGUUGGAGUUCAGAUUACUCGAAUAGUGAGGAUGAAAUGUCGAUAAUCGAAGACAACAGUGCACCGGGCAGUAAAUUUGUUGCCCUUGCCGAUUAUGCGGCGAUGGGACAUUCGGAAGUAUCGAUGCGUGAAGGUGAUACAGUUGAAUUGUUGAAGGUGGGCUGUGCUGGCUGGUGGUUUGUGCGUGUUUUAGAAGCCAAUGCAGAGGGUUGGACCCCAGCGGCAUAUUUGGAACCGCUCAAUAGAAAAUCUUCUCGAAGUUCGAGCCGCAAUCAGGAGCGAAUAAAUUUGAGCAAAUAUACAGAAUAAGCGAGAGAUCAAUGGAGUGAUGCGGCGAAGAAGUAAGAGGCGAAGGAGGAGAGCAGCAAGUGGGGCUUUUGUAAAUUUACAGAAUCUUAAAUCGGCACCAUCAAUCAAUUUUUAUAUGUGGAUAUUUGCGCAUAAAGAGCAGUAAAGUGAUGAAACCGAAAUGGAUAAAAAAUAAGAACCAACAAUUGAGUAAAAACGUGAGCAGUAAAUGUGUCACAAAAGAUGUACAUAAAUGCCGGUUGCAAAUCACAUCAAGAAUGCCGCAGAAGAUGUGAAUAAUACGCAUUUGCUGAUGUAUGUCUGUAGUUCUAUGGCAUCGCAUUGACUGUGGCGAAGUCGUUUAUCAAACUGUGUUAUGUCAUAAAAAAUUUAAAAAUGUUUACUAUUAAAGCUCAUACAUGCAUACAUAUAA